AUGAUUUCAUCAGCCUCUCAGGGACACUCGUCGAGUCGGGAGUCACUCCCGUUGAAGAAUGCACGUCCGGUACAGGCAGUGGAAAGUAGGGGUGGCCCCGUUUCGCCCGAGAAGAAGAAUGGGUCGGAUACUUCGCUUCCGUUGCCAAAGACGCCGUCGAUGAACAGAAAUGCGACUUUUGAGAAUGCUGGCUUCCCGAUGUUUCAGACACCCGAGAAAACUCCGAUACGCCAGAUCAGCAGAGACGAUCAGUCGCGGGGAGGCGAUGCGGACUCCGCGAUGCUCCUAUCGCCACCAGGAGUGGCGUCUCCGGGGUCGAGAAAACGCAGAAGUAACGAUUUUUACACUUUACUCAAAAGUCCGAGGACGCCUCAGCACUCGCGGCCCAUGUCGAUCGAGGAGGGCGAAAUUAGGCGUUUGGAGGAAUGCUCGUGGCCGUCUCCGGAAAAAGAGUACAGUGUUUCUCCCCGGGUGGAAAGAGGCACGGAUGUAAAACGCAUCUCUGAGAACUUGAAGACGCAGCUCAACUACGCCAAGGCGAAGAUCCAGCACGGGUGGUCGGACAAGUCGCUAGCAGAGGUUCGCAAGCAGCUUGAGACACAGAAAGAAGGCAACAAAAAAGGCAACAAAAAGGACAGGCAAAAAAGCGACAAAACCUCGUACGACGAGUUCUGGAAAACCCCUGGUGAGGCUUUGCCGCGGUAUGAGAGGCAGGAAGCUCGGAGGAGGCCGAAAACGCCACAAAAAUCGAACAUUUUGCCAAAAAGCCACGGCAUCCAGCAUUCCAUCACCCUAGACGAGGUGGCAAGCCACCACAGAAAGCUCAAGCAGUACGGGGCUUCCGGGUCGGCCGAGCGGGCACUAUUGGAGGCCCUCAGCCCGCGUACGCCGCGGCAUGCACCGCCAAAUGGGCCGCCUCCGUCCGUUUCCCGCUCGCCAAUACCGGAAACACGCCUAGAGCACGAUGCAAUCGUGUCGUUGAUGACUCUGGCGACGCCCAAGGACAAGCUGAGUGCGUCAUCUUCGCCCAAAAAGGGGCAGAAGGGCCAUCUUUCUGCUUUUUUGCCGGGGCUUUUGCACAGACGCAGCCCGAACAGAGACGCAAAUGCACGUCAUCAGUUGGGUGGCCCGCUUCUCCCACCCCCCAGCCCAAGCAAGACCCACACCUUUGCACGCAGCCCUACGUAUGAUGAUGAUGAUAUCACCGAGGUGGAGACCUCAGACGAGGACGAGUCACGUGUAAGGCUUCCCGCUCUCGAUUCCCGUCUUUCCUCCUCGCCCAUAUCUCGGACUCUUCCGCCAUUGCAGGUCUCACCCAGAUUUGCCGGAACUGGCCAGCUUGUAGGGCUUGGAUUGAGCAAGAACCCGGCCACUUUCGCUUCUCUUCGCACCCGGCCAUCUGUUGGCAGAUUUGGGGAGGAGGGGGAGAAAGUGGGAGGGAGUGAAAAAAUGGGAGAGGGUGAGAAAUUUGGUAAAAGAGGUAACGUUGGGAAAAAGAGAGAAAGGAGGGAAAAAGAAAAUGAUGACGAUGAUGACGAUGAUCGAACGCUGAGCGAAUAA